AGUUCUACGAAUGCUCAAAAACGACAACACUACGGAAGCUAGCAAACCUUGGUGGUGUUCAGACAUUGGACUGCAAACUGAAAUAUCCCCGAGGAAAUCCCAUACCAUAUAUCAUCCAAUGGAAGAAAGAUGGAUUAGCACAGCCAAUCUUUAUCAAAUAUGAUGGCUACCCUGCUCAAAUUCCUCAUCAUCAAUAUCGGAAUCGCCUGGCGCUAAAGGAUGAAGUAUCACUGGAGAUUUCCCACAUCCAAGCUAAUGAUGAAGGAUGGUAUGAAUGUAAUACUAUAUUUAUUGAUGGUGCUGAAGAGAGAACUGUUAAUGGAUCUUGGAUAUAUCUUACUGUACAUUACCUCAAUUUCUUGACAACACUGUCAACAUUUAAAGGGAUCAGUUUACUGAAAUAA